UCGCCUGUACACAAGAUGCCACUCCCGGGCAGGUUCAAGAUGUGUCCAUUUGUCGAUGAGAGUAAAAUCUUCUGUUGCCGCACACAACGCCCGACCACACUUCUCACCAUGUAACAUUCUUUGGAAACUCCCCACUUGCAACUCAACCGAAGGCUCCUAUAAAGAAUCAUUUACAAAACCGUAAGAAAGUUAAUCUUUGUACAUCUUCAGAAUGGACGAUAUUCUAGACCGGGACCCAAACAACAUCAACGAACAUGUCAAGGUAUCAUUCGAGGACGUCCUAGCAGAGCCCGAUGGUUCUCACAGCUACUCCUGUGUGUGGAGCUUCUCCUACCUGUGUUUUGACUGCGGUAAAGGGUGCCUAUACAAGCUCCUAACACUGCUUUGUGGUAUAUGUAUUGCCAUGGGUUGGGGCUGUGAGUUCGCCUGGGUGACUUUUACCCACAUCUGGUUUAUAACCCCCUGCUUCAAGGUACUGGAGCUCAACUGUGGCUGCCUACAGAAGAUAUACGGAGUGUGUGUGCACUGUGCAGUGGGUCCCUGCUGUGAAGCAUUUGGCCUUCUCUUCCAUGCAUUCAGAAAGUGAUGGAGCCAGAAUUGCCUUUCAAGACUUUUAUAUGAAGACACUGGGAGUUUCUCGUGGUCUCGAUAUUAAUAUGCAGCUGACAAUGUACCAUUUUGUAAAAAUAAAAACGUUUGGGCCUUUCGGCAUAAACUCAUAGUGCCUCUGUAGAUGUUGUUGCUGAAGACCCAAUUUGGCAAGUUUCCAAAAAGCCCUUGUUACAAAUAUAACAUUGUUUUCAUGCAAUUGUUGGGAUUUUUUAGAUUUAGUCCUCCCAAUGAAUACCGCCUCUGUGGUCUAGUGGCAGAGCGGAAAGA